AUGGCUCAAGCCAAUCCUGCGCAGCUUGAGCCUGCCGCAGCUGCCGAUCCUCAGACCAAGCAGCACAGCAUGUGGCGGAGGCUAUUCGGACAAGGCAACGGCGCAGCGGGCGUCUCGGAGAAGCUUGCGCAUGAUCCAGCCCCAACAGAACAGAGUGAGGACGAGCCACGUUCGGGUCUGAUUCGGAGAGUCUCGCGAAAAGUAGUGCCUGGCUUGCCCAGGACACAGACUUUCAAGAGGCAGCAAGAUGAAGUCCGUAACAAUCUUGAGCCUGUCGAACCAACACCGGUCGAGAGAAGAGCCGUCUCCGUCGACAGGCGACUGCAUGCUUCCCAAAGCGGUAGUCACCCCGCUGACCCUCGAACAAGCGCGCCUGACUUCAUCAGGACUGACGAGCGCACGUUUGCUGUGCCUGCGCCGUCGAUACCGAGAAGUUCUGUGGAUGAGAAGAUGCUUGACAUCCUUGGCGAAAUAAGCCUUGAUGAGGGUGUUAGAGAAGACGACCCACCUGCGCAUGAAGCUGAGUCCAUCAACGACACAGCUUCCAUGACCACCUCGCAAUACGAUGCCAUGAUUCAUGAAGAGUUGGAGCGGAUUUGGAUUCUCAAUCUUUCCAUGCAUUUCAGGGACAAGUCUAAGAGGGAGAAAUUCUUUGUCACAUAUCGCGAAAAGAAUGUGCACUGGCGGAGGGUGACCAUCUCGCUGGACUACCGAAACGCGCCCGACAACUCGCUCGAGAUGGACCUACUCUAUACCAAAUUCCAACGUGACAAGAGCGCCAAGAUAUACGAGGCGAUCAGAGAGAGCUUGGUCGAUAUCCAAUUCUACGACACCGUGACCAAUCUCAAACUGCAGACAACAGACGGACGGCUGCAUAUCAACGCACUCAGCCGGCUGUCCAAUUCUCGCAACGUCAUUGCUUUCCACGGCGUCAUCGUGGAUGACUAUGGCGAGCACGUUAAGGGCCUUCUCAUCAGCUACGCGGAACAAGGCGCACUGAUCGAUGUCCUCUUUGAUCAUGACCACAGUCUCCCGUGGUUUCGACGAGAGAGGUGGGCGCGGCAGAUUGUGGAGGGUCUCUCUGAAAUUCACGAGUCGGGUUUCGUGCAGGGCGACUUCACCCUCUCUAACAUUGUCAUUGACGAUGAGGACAACGCCAAGAUCAUCGACAUCAACAGGCGAGGAUGUCCUGUGGGCUGGGAGCCACCAGAGGCGACCCCGCUGAUUGAUAGCAACCAGCGUAUAUCCAUGUAUAUCGGUGUGAAAUCCGAUCUGUAUCAGCUGGGGAUGGUGCUGUGGGCUUUGGCCGAACAAGAAGACGAGCCAGAGGCCCAUGGCCGCCCGCUGAGGCUGCAAGAGGGGCUGGACGUGCCGGAAUGGGGGCGGUCUCCACCAAGCCCAAUGCCUAGCAACCUGGGCUAUGGUGAGCGGAGGUACAAUCCACCCUGGUCACGGCCAGCGGAAAGCAGUCCCGACCGAACGAGGACUCCGACGGAGAGUGACGUCGCCCCGGACGAGGUUGUCCGAGCACACGCUGGGCAGGACGUGGCACCUGAGAGAAAGGGUGAUUUGCAGCCGCCCAUACCGGAGUUGGUCGUAGGGGAUGACUUCCUAGUACCAAUGCAAACACACGAAGCGCCGCUCCACAAUGAGAAGCAGGAGCCACUGGCAGAUAUAGCGGAAGCUGUUGAGCCGCCGACAGUACGCCCGCCAAAUGCAGACCACUUGGAGAAGGAAGCACCGUUGGAAUUGGAAAAUGACAACAGUCGGCCGAGGGACACGGGCAAGGAGGCAGCAUCAAAAAGCAUGAGAAACGGUGUUCAUGAUGAGACCAACACGCACAACACACAGAAACAAAAUCCUCUUUUUGAGAGGUCGGGGAAUACAGAACCCGAAGCCCCAGGGAAGGUCGCUCUGGUCCCUGGUGAGGCAGAAGUACAGACACAGAAGAGCACGAGCCAAGUCAUGGUUCCGAGGGAAGCUAAGGGGGGAGAAAGAGUCGACAGUGCGGUCGAGAUGACGAUGCCGCAACCACCACAGCUGGCAGAGCUCGGGGUCCGUCCGGCGGCCCGUCACGGGUCGUCGGCUUCGACUGGAUCUGCCAACGUUCCGGCGGAGUUCCUGGGCAUCGGGUCAGGCCACGACGCCUCGGACGCGGCGCUGACGCCGGUGGGUUCUGGCGACAUCGACGAGGACCUGGGCAUUUGA